AUGGACAGAACGAAAUCAUGCAAUGCCGGUAAAAUGGUAAACAUCACUGCGCUUGCCACGGAAGCGCUCAAGCCUGGUUUGACGGACGAUAUUCUCGUUCAACAUGGUGGAUUAUUAUUCACAGAGCUGUGUGCGCGCUGGAUCCAGUCUGGUGCCGACACUGAAGCCAAAGUGGCGGCUUUUGGACGAAUCCUAGCACUUGCGCCUCACCUUGCCGAGCACGUGGAACGUUUUUUGGACAACAAUUCGAAUUCGUCCAUAAUUGGCCCUCAGGAUGCAAAGUUUUCAGAAGCGCAGACGCUCACUUUGCGCGAUUCAGAUCUGGUCGAAGUGCUGCUUGGAACUUUUCGACUUCUCAGCUACGACUGUAAGACUUUCUCUCACUAUGUAAGGCCACGUGCUGCGGAGAGUCUAUUUCGCCACCAGGAUCGAGUUGUACGGUACUUGGCCGUACGGGUAUUUUGCUUGUAUGUUCAUGCAGCAGAUUAUGCGACACAAGAGAGGGUCAAGAGAGUAGUGGGAGAAGGCGAUAUUGACGGACUCUGGGAAGGACGUCAAAUCGAUUACCGGUUCCUAUCACUAUGGGAAGAGAAGAGAUGGAAAGAUUUGCAGUUGAAUAUGAAUCGCCAAGACGACAGCGCAACGGAAGAUUCUGUAUAUACAGAUCAAGAACUAUCGCCUUACACGGUCAACGUCAGUGGCGUCCUCUUACCCCGGUUAGAUGGAUAUCCUUCCCAGGAAAUGCCUUCUGAGCUUGUAUCCACAGUCACCACAGAAGCCAAUCUAAAGGAUAUCGCCCAUGGUCUCCUUCAUUCGAGUCCGGUUUUGCUCACUGGCCUUGCCGGAUCUGGAAAGACACUCCUUACCCGUCACUUCGCCUGGCAGUUGAACAAGCUGGAAAAAAUGGUCACCCUACAUCUCAACGAGCAGAGCGAUGCGAAGCUUUUGAUCGGAAUGUACACUACUGGUACAAAACCGGGGACUUUCAGCUGGCGGGCAGGUGUUCUGACCACAGCUGUUCGAGAGGGGAGGUGGAUCUUUAUUGAAGACUUGGAUCGAGCACCAAACGAGGUCAUUAGUACACUUUUACCGCUGAUAGAGCGCGGCGAACUACUCAUUCCUAGCCGAGGAGAAACCAUACGAGCGGCGCGAGGAUUCCGUAUUAUUGCGACGAUGCGAAGUACUCUUAAUAUACGAGGUCAGGAGAUUGUGCCCCGCCAAAACAUGAUAGGCCAUCGAUUUUGGAACUGCAUCACAGUUCGAAUGCCCCAAUUGGAUGAGUUCAGGCACAUAAUAUACGAAAAGUACCCGAUACUACAGAAGCAUUUGCCCGGCAUCAUGCAGGUCUAUGCUCGACUUCUCCACCUCUAUUCAGACGCAAAAUUCUCAUCGGAGAACGGAACUUCACUUCGUGCCUUGACUCCAAGAGACCUUCUGAAGUGGUGCGAUCGGAUAUCCAUACUUCUCGCACAAGCCACGUUCAGCGACGCGCAGAAAGACGACAUCUUCAUGGAGGCCUUUGAUUGCUUUGCAGGAAGCUUACGUAGCGAAUUAGCUCGUCAGAUGGUAAUGGACUGUGUGGCCGAAGAGCUCCAUAUCGAUCCACAACGACGCAAUCAUUUAUUGAGAAACCGAGAGGUAAAACUGCAUUUACCAUCGAAGACAACAUCUUCUGGUACUAUUCAAAUUGGUCGUGCCAGAUUAUCUAAGCAUAAACCAUCGAAAAAGACAGGCACAGGACGACCGUUCUCCACCAAUGACUACACCUUGCGUUUACUGGAAAAGAUUGCUGUAGCAGUUGAUCGUCAAGAACCACUUCUUCUCGUUGGUGAGACCGGUACUGGAAAGACAACAUGCAUCCAGUAUCUGGCAGAGCAGCUUGGCCGAAAGCUUGUAGCAUUCAACUUGUCUCAGCAAAGUGAAAGCGGAGACUUGCUCGGUGGUUUCAAACCGGUCAAUGUACGCAGUCUCGUCAUUCCACUCAAAGAUGAAUUCGAUGAGAUUUUCGAUACCACUUUCUCGAGAAAGAAGAACUUGCGAUUUCUGGAGAUGCUGGGUAAGCGUGUAGCAAAGGGCGAAUGGAAUCGCGUUUGUGCACUUUGGUGCGAGGCGUUGAAGAUGGUUGAUGCAGCCCGAAAAAAGCACGAGUCGCACACUUCAUCCCCAGAUCCUGAGGGUGGUCAGCCUAAGAAGAAGCGGAAGACUGACACUUUGCCGGCGAACUUCCCCACUGCAAGAUGGGAAAAGUUCGCAGCUGAUCUACAAAAUCUCGAGGCUCAGCUUGCUAGUGGCUCGGAAGCAUUCGCGUUCUCUUUCCUGGAAGGUAACAUCGUAAAAGCAGUGAGAAAUGGCGACUGGGUACUCCUCGAUGAAAUAAAUUUGGCAUCUUCAGACACUCUAGAGGCGCUGACGGAUCUCUUGGGCGGCGGCCCGGAUGGUAAUCCGUCCAUUCUUUUGACCGAGACCGGCAAUGUUGAGCGAGUAGUCGCGCAUCCGAACUUCAGGGUGUUCGCGGCUAUGAACCCGGCAACAGACGUAGGAAAGAAAGACCUACCUCCAGGUAUCCGGUCGCGAUUCACCGAGCUAUAUGUUGAGAGUCCAGACAGCGACGAGAAGAGUUUACGCAACAUUGUAGAGAAGUACCUAGGUGGCGAUGGCACCGACCCAGCAAUUGUCCGAGUUGCGCGAGAUGUUACCAGUCUAUACCUUGAAAUUCAGAGGCAUGCCAAAGCAAACAUGCUUGUGGAUGGUGCAGACCAGAAAGCUCAUUUCAGUUUGCGAACUCUAACACGAACCCUGUCAUACGCCCGAGACAUCUCGCCACUAUGUAGUAUCCGACGAGCGCUAUACGAAGGAUUUCAUAUGAGUUUCUUGACGUUCUUAGGCAAAGCUUCGGAGGAUUUGGUCGCCCCUCUCAUUACCAAGUAUUUGUUCCCUCAGAAAGCAUCAAUGAAGUCAGAACUUGGCAAGCCACUCCAGCAGCCGUCAGAUGGCCGAGGGUAUGUGAAACAGGGCCAUUACUGGCUUCGUCAAGGUGCACAUCAAGUCGAAGAGCAAUCGCAUUACAUCAUCACACCGUUCGUGCAGCGAAAUAUGAACAAUCUUAUUCGAGCGGCCUCGACACGCAAGUAUCCGGUACUGAUACAAGGCCCUACCUCUUCAGGCAAAACAAGUAUGAUCGAGUACUUGGCCAAAAGGUCUGGCAACAAGUUUGUUCGCAUUAACAAUCACGAACAUACCGACCUUCAGGAAUAUCUUGGUUCCUACAUUUCUGGCGCCGAUGGUAAACUCAUCUUUCAGGAGGGCAUCCUUGUACGAGCUUUGCGCGAGGGUCACUGGAUCGUGCUUGACGAACUCAAUCUGGCGCCUACGGAUGUUCUUGAGGCACUCAAUCGUCUUCUUGACGACAACCGUGAGCUAUUGAUUCCAGAAACACAGGAAAUCAUUCGGCCCCACGAAGACUUCAUGUUGUUUGCUACGCAAAAUCCAGCAGGUCUUUACGGUGGACGUAAAGUGUUAUCACGCGCUUUCCGUAACCGUUUUCUGGAAUUGCAUUUCGACGACAUACCCGUGGAAGAGCUUACUGAAAUCUUGCAUCGCCGUACCAUGAUCCCUGAGACAUGGUGCAAACGCAUAGUCAAAGUUUACCGAGAACUAUCUACCCUCCGGCAAGAGAAUCGCAUCUUUGAGCAAAAGAGUUUCGCAACGCUUCGAGACUUGUUCAGAUGGGCUCAACGAAAAGCAGACACAAUCCAAGACCUUGCGAAUAACGGAUACAUGCUCCUUGCUGAACGCGUCCGCAAAGAAGAAGAACGUGUUGCAGUCAAGAAGAUUUUGGAGACUGUGAUGAGUGAGAGGGGCCCCAGAGUGACAAUCGACGAAGACCAGCUAUUCAGUGUGGAUAGCCUGUCAAAUAUUGAGGGCCUCGGCGAGGGAGUUUCGACUGCCAACAGCAAUGUAGUAUGGACUCGUGCGAUGCGCAGACUGUCUGUUCUUGUUGCUUAUGCGCUUCGCAACAAGGAGCCUGUCUUGCUUAUCGGAGAAACAGGAUGUGGAAAGACGACAGUCUGCCAGCUCCUUGCAGAUCAGUUCAACAACCAGCUUCACGUUGUUAAUGCUCAUCAGAACACCGAGACGGGUGACUUGAUUGGUGCGCAGCGACCUAUCCGGAAUCGAGCAGCCAUCGAAGAGUCGGUCAAGGAGAAAGUGUUGGAAACCCUUUCCAACGUUCCCAGAGAAAGCCUCCAACAUGAUCCAUACUCAAUGGGAUACGAGGACCUGUUGUCUCUGUAUGACACUGUUGUCAAGAGUCACCCUGAUUCAAUACCGAUCGAGACUCGAAACGAUAUACAAGUCCAUCGAGUCAAAGCCGGAGCAUUAUUCGAAUGGUCGGAUGGUAGCUUAGUGCAUGCAAUGAAGCAAGGUCACUACUUCCUUCUCGAUGAGAUUUCAUUGGCUGAUGAUUCCGUUCUUGAACGCUUGAACAGUGUUUUGGAGCCAUCUCGCACUAUCCUACUUGCCGAGAAAGGGCCUAUAGACUCCUUGAUCACAGCAAACGACGGCUUCCAAUUCCUUGCAACCAUGAAUCCAGGUGGAGAUUAUGGCAAGAAAGAGCUUUCACCGGCACUUCGCAAUCGCUUUACUGAAAUCUGGGUGCCGGCAAUGUCUGACCUUGAUGACAUUCUGGAAAUUGUACGAUCAAAGCUGAAGCCGGAACUUGUGAAUCAUGCUAGUGUUAUUGUAUCAUUCUCGCAAUGGUUCAACGACAAGUACAACACCUCGGUCGCAUCCUCCAUAUCCAUUCGUGAUGCUUUGGCAUGGGUUUCGUUUGUCAAUAACUCUGCUCAUCAUGACCCGAUUUUCGGUAUUGUCCAUGGCGCUGCGAUGGUUUUUAUUGAUACCCUUGGUGCCAAUCCUGCAGGACUUCUCGCAAUCUCAGCAUCAACAAUUAAUGUGGAAAAGAAAGCAUGCCUCGAUCAUCUCAGCCAGCUACUGGGAAGGGACGUCACGCCCAUGUACUACGGUCCUAUCGAUAUCGUGAACACGGACGAAAUCUUCCAACUAGGUGCCUUCUCUAUUCCAAAGUUCUCGUUAGCAACGUCGCAAACAUCCACCUUUGCGCUUGAAGCUCCAACGACACAGUCUAAUGCGAUGCGAGUCGUACGCGCACUCCAGUUACCGAAGCCAAUCUUACUGGAAGGCAAUCCCGGUGUGGGUAAAACUACGCUCGUGACCGCUCUUGCGAAAGCUAUUGGCAAGCCAUUGACAAGACUCAAUCUGUCUGAACAGACAGAUUUGAUGGAUCUAUUUGGUUCAGACGUGCCUGUAGAGGGCGGAGCUGCGGGAACAUUUGCCUGGCGCGAUGCACCUUUCCUCAAAGCUAUGAAGAGUGGCGAUUGGGUGUUACUUGAUGAAAUGAAUCUGGCAUCUCAGUCGGUACUUGAAGGCCUUAAUGCUGUACUUGACCAUCGUGGUGAGGUAUACAUCUCUGAGUUGGACCAAACAUUCCACAAGCAUCCAGAUUUCAGGGUCUUUGCAGCACAGAACCCUCAUCACCAAGGUGGCGGCCGCAAAGGUCUGCCAGCUUCUUUCGUCAACCGGUUCACAGUGGUAUACGCAGAUGUUUUCCGACCAGAAGAUCUGAUCCUCAUCUGUGAAAAGAUUUUCCCAUCUAUUGAAAAGCAGGAAGUUACCAAACUAAUCCGCUUCGUGGCUGAGUUGGACGAGCAAGUAGUCAGUCGUCGGGCUUUUGGAAAUCUUGGCGCCCCGUGGGAAUUCAAUCUACGAGACACGCUGCGCUGGCUUCAGCUCCUAGCUAGAACUGACUUUCCCGGGUCAGCACGAGACUUCCUUGACAUUAUCUUUGUGCAGCGGUUCCGAGCCGAAAACGACCGGACUCGACUACUCAAGCUGUUUGAAAGCCAAUAUGGUGCCCAUGACUCUCGAAUGAGCCUCUUCCACAAUUUGAGUCAAAGAGACAUUCAAGUAGGCCUUGGCCUGCUUCCUCGAGAUGUUGCGGUCACCCGUUCAGAUGCCGUGUCACCACUUCAUGUUUCUCAGCUGGGACCCAUGGAAGCUCUCGUAGUCAGUGUCAAGCAAAACUGGCCAGUCAUCAUUGUUGGUCCGCCGGGGUCAGGCAAGACUGCCAUGAUUAACCAACUAGCAAGUUAUGUUGGCACUGACCUUGUCACUUUCUCCAUGAAUGCAGAUGUAGAUGCGAUGGAUCUCGUUGGUGGAUAUGAGCAGGUGGACGCUAUGCGAGAAGUACAUCAAUGCCUCCAGAAGGUUGAAGCAAUGGUCCGGAGACACAUUGCAGUCUCUGAACAGCCUCAGCCAGCCUACAUCGAACUUUUGGAAUUCAUCCAAGCAGGUUCUGUCAUACGUAUUACUGAAAAUUUGCGCCUAAUCCUCAACCUACUUUCAACUAUCGAUGUUGAUGGAGUUGCGCUGGCUCAAAACUUACAAAGCUCACUUCAGGCUUCAAGUGAGCAAAUUGAUGGCGCACGUUUCCAAUGGGUUGAUGGUAUUCUCAUUCGAGCACUCGAGCAAGGUAAAUGGCUGGUCCUUGACAACGCAAAUCUCUGCUCAAGUGCAGUGCUCGAUCGACUGAACUCUUUACUGGAACCGAACGGCUAUCUUUCUAUAAACGAACAUUCGACUUCUGACGGGGAGGCGCGCAUCGUGCUGCCACAUACCAAUUUUCGCAUCUUCAUGACCAUGGAUCCAAAGUACGGCGAGCUCUCCAGAGCUAUGCGCAACAGAGCAGUUGAGAUAUGUCUACUUGAGCCAGAUCAAGACAAGAAGGCAGCACAUGAACCGGUCGUACAAUACGCCCUCGACUCUGCUAGCUAUCGCUUCCGCGGCUUUCAAAACCACCAGGACCACCUCUCUAUGACCCUGCAGCAGCAUUUCGAGGGUUUGACUGUGCAAGAUAACGAACUGCUCAAGAGUUUCACAAGCCAAGUUCGACAAGGACUCGUAUCUAAUGCAUCAAGUCAAACGAAUGGUGUUGCCAGCAACAACGACAUGCAAUUGGACCUUGCUAGGCCGACAGCUCGACUGGAAGAUGAGGUUUCACAUCUUGUGCAAUUCCUUGCAGGUACAUGGACACCGCGUUCACAGCCGUUAUCAGGACGACUUGCGACUAGUACACUGGUACAACUACUUCCGUUCCAUCCUUUGUUGAACGAGCUCUUUGUCAACCAAACAGAAGCAUCCAAGGCCUUCAGCAUGACCAGUGCAUCAAUUUACGAUGUUAUGCUUGAUCUAUACAGCAUGCAGAAAGCUGUUCAAGAGCUACCAUCUGCGCGAUUUGAACGGCGAAAGGAAAAGCAGAAGCUGCCUGGUUUUCUGCAUGCUUACUGCCAAGGGCUGAUAAAACUCACCGAUGGAAUCUGGAGAACACUCCAAGAAGAUCAGCAAGUUGAUCUCGCAUUCUUAAAGCCGCUGAGGAGGAUGUUUUGGGCCUUCCAUGAACUUGCCACCGCACCAACCUUCGAUCGCGCAACGUUCCAGACAUAUCUCAAGAUGUUAGCGUCUGCGAUUCCCAAGUCCGACUCAUCACCCCCUCUUAUUCAGACGCUCUCUUCAACUCUCUCCAAGCAAGUUGGUGUCUUUGGAGCCGAUGUCCAAUUGACAACCGGAUUGGGCAUGGAACGCAUCUGGCGCGUGUUCAAGCCAUCGACACCGAAGGAUCAGCAACAGUUGGCAGCUAUUCUUGAGCUAGAGGCUUUGGCUGAUAGAUUCGAUGCUAUUAUGUGGCAGUCAACUCUUCGCGUAGAUGAAAUGAUUCAGAUACGCGAACGUAUCGCCAGUUCCUUGGACCUAGUUCGACGAGAUCAAGCAGAUGCUCGAGAGCUCGUCACAGCACUCAAUGCUGCAAUCCAAGAGCUUGAGCAAGGUAUUGGAGAAGACAGUAUGCUCAUCACACCCUAUUUUGAAGAAGAGUUCGAAGGUCUAUGCCAGUUCUUGGAUGUCGCAUAUCAAGACGAGUCUGCGGUGCAAAGCAUACUUCCCACAGCUGCUAUUAUAGCCACACGAGCCAAGUCAUCUCUCUUUGCCCGUAGACCGACAAAAUUCUCUCACGGCAUUUCUGGAGAUUCUCAGGGUGCAUCGGGGCAAUUUGCAAAAUCUUACCGCUACCUGGGCCUUACACGCCAAACAGCAAAUGCGAUGGUAAUCCAGAACCGAUUCCAUACAUCAGUGAUUGGAAAACUCUAUGGAGUAGACGAUGUAAAGCUCGCACAACUUGACCGUUUUGAGAUCGAACUCCAAGUGCUAUCACAGCAGAUAUCAUUGGAUGCGAAUCGCAUAACGAACGGCCAGAGCAACGCCCUGAGGGAUCUCUAUACCAAAAUCCACAACAAGCUUAUCGCAUCUCAUUCCAAUGAAGUCCUGCAAGUUGUAAACCAUAACCGGAUAGAGUUCACCGACACAAACAUUCAUGAGACAUAUCGGUCAACUCUGGAGCACGGUAUAGAAUCCUACUUUAAAGCUUCUGCUUCUGCUGUAGACGCGACUGCUUGGGUACAGCUGGGAUUGUUCGGUCUCCGGUUGUACGUACCUAAUUACCCACAUGAUCCUGCUCUACGACCGACGAUCGAGCGAAACAUGUUCAGUAUCGAGAAAGACACUCUGUUGACCUCGUUGAGUGCUUUGAGACAAUUCCAAGUCGAUUUCACUGGCCAAGCUACUAGCUUUUACAUCCGGCAGAUUGAGGAGACUAUCAAAAACAUGGGCGAAGAACCACCAGUACCAGCAAUUGUCCGCCCUGCUGUAUCCGAGCUUGACAGCCUCCAAGGCGAAUUCACAAACCUGCUCAGUACUAUACAGCCUCUCCUUAAUCAUUCCAUGUCAAUAGGAGAAGCUGCGUGCGAUCAAACCCUGCAGCAGAAUCUCAUUCGCAUUGUGCAGCGCCUGACCGAAGGAUAUCGAGCGUACGAUGACAUCACAGACACUGUAGUCGGGUUCCUUGUAUGCCUCCAGAUCGGUCUCAUACUUGGCCAGAUGGAAAAAGAGAGGACCUCACACAGUGCUACUGGAAACAGUAUUUCGUAUAUCACAUCGAGAACUCCUUUCUUUGGGCAGUCGCAGCCUCUGGAAAAGCCGGAUUCGCUCUUGCGAACUAUGGAGGCAGGUUUGGGUCAGUCGAACCACGUUGUAGACUUGAGGUGGCACACUCUACACUCAAUGCUCUUCCUCAAGAGCACAGAUCCUCAAACCUUGGCUCUCCCCGUAGCCAGGAAUCUACUGCACGAUCUGUUCGCUAGUUUGUACGGCGAUUGGAAGACCAAACUUCUCCAAGAUCAAGAGAAAGAAGCUAAGAAUUCGAGCCUAUACACGUACAGGGGGCUAGACGAUGACACAGAGGACAACGAUCCAACUCUCUUUCCCGACUAUGACGUGGAGCAAGAAUCACACGACAAGCAGCCUACAUUGCCAUCGAAUUCUCGAGAUUAUGCCAUUCGACUUGCUGAGAUUCAUUCCGAACUUUUUGUCAAUGGUAGAAACGCUUCCGACUCCACAAGGGCCUUGCUAGAGUGGUGUGCCGCUGAACUCAACCGUAUCUCAGAUGGCAGAGGCUACGAUAGUAAGCACGAAGAUGCACUCCCGGCUAUCUACCUCGCUCUGGACAAGAAGGUCAAUGCUUUGUCUUCAAGUCAUGCAGGAAGACAUUACAACUUCUACUUCGAUUCCAACCUUUUUGAGGCGAAGCGUUUCAUCGCGCUCAUACAUCGUAUUCAGUCUCGUUAUCGUCAAAUUCGCAAUGUGUGGCCAGAGCACGCCACGCUCUCAGACGUUCUACGCACAUGCGACGAAGCUCUUGAGUUCCGCCAUGUUGAUCCCGUGGCCAAGUUCAUUACCAAAGCUGAGAAACUCCAUGCUUAUAUGCACGAGUGGCAAACUGUCGCUAGUAAAGAGUACAGUGCUGCUGGCCUGUACGAUGAUCUGACCAAACUACUUGUCAGUUGGCGACAACUUGAGCUCACUACCUGGGCACGACUGUUCGACAUGGAAGAAGAAAAGUAUCGGAGCGACGCGAAGAGUUGGUUCUGCGUGGCAUACGAAACAAUUAUUGCUGCCUCGGAAAGCACUAGUGAUGACAAAAGUCUUCAAGUUCAUGCCAAAGAACUACUCAAGUCAUUGGAGGGUUUCUUUGAGACAACCACCCUUGGCCAAUUUGAACAGCGCAUCAAGCUCUUACAACAACUUCGUGAGCAUGCAUUUAUACGUAUGCAAGAUGUAGAUGCGUUCCGAACUGUGUAUACAUCGCUAGACAAUUUCCUCGCCUACUACUCACGCCUCGAGAAGCCAGUUCAUGAAAUGAUCGCCAAAGGCCGACAGAGCCUGGAAAAACAGAUUGCAGACGUGAUCAAGCUUGCUAGCUGGAAAGACACGAACAUUGAGGUGCUGAAGCAGAGCGCGAAAACGAAUCACAGGAAACUCACCAAGUUAGUCCGCAAGUUCAGGGCGGUACUUAGCCAACCCGUAUCCAGCAUCACGAGGGCGGGUUUCCCUGAUGAAACUCACCCUUUGCAGGAUGUUUCCUUGAUGGCAGUCAGCACAGCCGUCAACCCUGCAGCACUUGAAGUCUGCGAAAAUGUUGUACCAGGAUGGAUGGAGCGACCAGCGCGUUUCAAGAACUUGGGCGUCACUACGUCCAUGAUGCGCAAUCUUGCUACACCGAAGGCAGAUUCUGUGGAUGGCGCUUCAUAUGUUAACGAGUUCAUUAGCGAGCUCUUGACAUCUAUUGUUGAGCUUCAGAAGGCCACGCCAACCACCCUUACCGAGGAGAAUAAGGCAUCUGUUCAGCAUCUUAAGACACAAAAACGCAAACUAUAUGCCGACACCAUGAAGGAACUGCGGCAAAUGGGUAUCAACUCUAAUCUGAGUGUAGAUACACUGGUCAAGCAGGAUGAGCUCUCGACGAUCCUUUCAACGAUGCCGCUAGUCAGGUGCGACGAGGAUAUUGGACGAGCAGCAGAGUACCAUUUGCACAAAGCUCUCAACAUCAUGCCACAAGUCCGUGCAGUCACCAGGGAGCAUUCUGGCGACCUGACUCCGAACGAUGUAGCAAGAAGCAUUGGCUAUUUGGAGGGUUUGCUGCAUGCAUCUCUCAGACAGCGUACGAUACUAAGCAGAGCUGCACAAACCCUUGAGCAGAUCCGUAUUCCACUUUCCACGAUUACAGAGCUCAGCAACCCGGAUCUUGGAAACAUUGCUUGGGUGCACGAAGAACAUCUUGAAGCUGCCACAUUUACCCAAACUCAGCUGCGAUGGCUCUCUGCUAUGCUGACAACCGGUACAGAAAUUGUCAAUGCGCAGGCAAAACUUGGAAAGACCAACGACAUUGACCGUCCGAUCCGCCAGAUGCGAGAGAAGGCUGCCAGGACUUCUGAGCUUGCAGACUUGCGUGACCGACUCCCAAAGCUACCACCUAACCUUCAAUCUGAAUCACACGAAGCUUUGAGCAAUUCUAUCAAUACUCACUUGGCGGAGCUCAGAACCGCUUUCCAGGAAUGGCAUGCCGGUAGCGACAUGAUAAGACCAAUACUUCGGCAUAUCGAGCCAUUCUUGUUCAGCUAUCCUCCUACGGACCUUGCUCGACUUCCGGAAAACCCACACGCCACUCUCGAUGCUCAUGUAAAAGAAGUAUUCUCUUCUUUGAAUCUUGUUCUGGGAUCGAUGCAGGAUAUCGAAGUCGCGAUGCAGACCAUCCCCGUUUCAACGGACGAUGCUUCUUGGCUCCUCAAAGAAGAACAAGCACUUUCUGCUGCUCUCAAUUCCCUACAUGCGCCGCAGAUCAGCGAGAGUCUAAUGUCGAUACUCGACAAGAUCCAACUACUCUACGAGGACGCCAAUCUGAAAUCUAUGGCAGCUUUGCUCUCUUCUGUCAGGCCGAUUCUUGAGCAGUAUAAGGCAUGUCACAAAUCUGUCUUGAAGCGCUUUGAUGCAUUGCACGCAUCGACAGCAAAUCUGCUGCAUUGUUUGUCGAAGUCUUUCAUUCAGAUUGGAACGCAAGGCUUCUGUCAGCCUUCGGAAAAGUCUGACGACAAUCAAAAGGGCAAAGAUGACAAGCUCGAGUCUGGAACCGGUCUGGGUGAGGGCGAAGGCGCUGAAGAUAUCUCCAAAGACAUUGAAGAUGACGAAGAUUUGGACGACUUGGCGCAAGAACAGAAAGGCGAAAGAGAGGGCAGUAUCGAGGAGCAAGAAGAUGCCGUUGACAUGGGUGACAAGGAAAUGGAAGGCGAGAGCGAACAGGUUGAGGAAAAAGAAGAAAAGGGCGAUGAGUCCGGUGAAGAAGGGGACGAAGAUGCGCAAAGCGAAGUUGGCAGUGUUGAUGAUCUUGGUCCUAGCGCUGUCGACGAGAAGAUGUGGGAUGAUGGCAGUAAAGAAGAAGACGCCAAAGACAAAGAGGGCAAAGACGAUGUGGGUACAGAGGAUCAGAACGAGCAGGUUGCUUCUGAUCAGAAAGAAAAGGAGAAGAGCGGCGAGGACGGCGAAGAUGAGGAGAAGGAUGAAAAGAAAGAUGGUCAAGAGGAUGAAGAGAUGGAAAUGGAAGGUGAAGACCAGGAAGAAAACGUUGGCGCUGCUGAGACCGAGCAGAUGGAUCCAAAUGCAAAGGAAGAGGAGACACUGGACCUCCCUGAAGAUCUUAAUAUGGAUGGGCAGGACGACCAAGACAAGCACGACGACGACCUUGGCGAUAUGGAUAUAGACGAUGAUCUCCCUGAGGAUCAACCAAAUCUUGAGGUCGAGCCAGAUCGUCCUGAUACCAUGGAUGAAGAAGCUCUUCCUGAACAGGAAGGGGAAGAAGAAAAGGAGACAACCGGUCAUAUCGAAGAUGAAGAACAACCUGAAGGCGAACAAGAAGAGGAAGUUGACGAGCCAAUUGACGAUGACGCUGCUCCACUACCGGAUGAUAACGUUCCAGAAGACGAAAAGCGUGACAAGAAAGACACUGACCAGGCUGAUUUGAAUGCCGAGGCCGGCGCUGGUAUCGAAGCAAAUGAAGAGGCACACAAGAACAAAAACGAACAAGCUUCUGCUAGCGCUGCGAAUCAAGAUGAAGGCCAAGAAGGAGAUUCUGCCGAGCAGCAACAAGCACCUACGACUGAAGAAGGCCAACUUGGAGAGACAACAGCCCCAGAAGCCGGUGGCCAUGGCGAACAACCUGAAGAAACUCGCGAGAAGCAGUCUUUCAAGAAGCUGGGUGAUGUAUUGGAAAAGUGGUACAAUCAGCAAAAGCAGAUCCAGGAUGCCAAGGAAAAGGACGAAACUCAAACACAGCAGAUUGACAAAGAGAUUGACAUGGCUGAUGCGGACUUUGAGCAUCUUGGAGAUGAGGAGCAACAGGCUGAUACUCAAGCUCUGGGCACCGCGAACGAGGAUCAGGCUAAGGCUUUGGACCAUGAUAUGGCAAUGCCAAUGAAUGAGGAAGAGGAAAAGAUGCCCAUUCGGCCUGAAGACGACGAUGAUGAGCUGACGGGAGCCGACAAGGAUGUUGAUAUGGAGGAUGUCGAGCCGCAGGAUGAUCAGGGUCAAGAUCAGGAGGCACAACAAACGCAGUCCAACGCCAUGGAAGGCCAGCCGCAAGCCUUUGUCGGAGAGCAACGCCCACUGCCUGAGCACGAUGAUGAGGAUAUGGCCGAUGCUACCUCACUCGACGACGACGUUGCAUCAACCACUUCUUCUGCCGAUAACAUCGAGACUCAGCUAUCCCUAACACACCUUGAUCCGUCUUCCAUGGACCCAACAUCUGCUCGCGCCCUUUGGCUUGCUCAUGAGGCGUCAACGCACUCGCUGUCUCAACAGCUUACCGAACAUCUCCGUCUCAUUCUUGCACCAACCCUUGCUACCAAGCUUCGCGGUGACUUCAGAACCGGCAAACGCCUCAACCUCAAGCGUAUCAUUCCAUAUAUCGCAUCAGGCUACAAACGAGACAAGAUCUGGCUUCGACGCAGCAUGCCAAGCAAGAGAAGCUACCAAGUCAUGAUUGCGCUCGACAACAGUGGCAGUAUGGCCGAUAGUGGAGCCAGCAAUCUCGCGCUUAAAACCCUUACACUUGUCACUCGCUCUCUUUCGAUGUUGGAAGUUGGUGAAGUUAGCGUUGUUGGCUUCGGUGAUGAAGUUAAUGUCGCCCAUGAUUUCGACAAGCCUUUUACGUCCGAAGCUGGAGUACGAGUUUUCGAGCAGUUCGGUUUUGACGCGAAGAAGACGAACGUAAGAGGCUUAGUUGACAAGAGUCUGGAGUUGUUCAAAGACGCCAGACAGAAGGGCAGUAGCUCUGCGGGCGAAGACCUCUGGCAAUUGAUGCUCAUCGUCAGUGAUGGUAUCUGUGACAAUCACGCCGAGAUCCAACGACUCAUCCGCAAAGCCCAAGAAGAGCGCGUCAUGAUUGUCUUCAUCAUAAUCGAUAGCUCGGCCGCAGCUCCUUCUGUAUCUGUACUACAGCCGUCUGAUGAUCCCGCAGCGCAGCCGCCAGCGCCAGUAAAGGAGCAAGCGAAGACUUCUAUCCUAGACCUGGAAUCAGUCGUUUUCACGCCGGAAGGCAAGAUCGUGAGGCACAAGUAUAUGGAGCAGUUCCCGUUUAGGUAUUACCUGGUUGUGAGAGAUGUGAGAGAACUGCCGGGUGUACUUGCUGGGGCUUUGAGGCAGUGGUUUGGGGAGGUUGCAGGAAGUGUCUGA